GUUUUGGCACAGCUAACUGUCGACAGGAAGUAUGACACAUGCUUCUUAAAGUGGUAUUCCGAGAAAUACAUCCGCGGCAACUCUUCCACAGACGAAUGCCAGCCUCUCUUUCGGCAGUACAAGUCCUGCUUGACUAAAGCGCUGAAGGAGAGAGGGAUCGACUCUAUGCUGAAUGAGGCUAGGGAAGGCACCUCUGAGACUGAUGAUGAACACUUGCGGCGGUAG